ACAAUGUGUUGAGAAAAGUGAAACCCAGAGUCAGACUCAUGAGGAAGAUGCUCCCAAACUCUCAAGGGCUUCAGAUCAGCUGUCUGGCCACUGGUUUUUACCCCCGUCACAUUAACCUGACCCUGUUCAGAGAUGGUCAACCUGUGGAUGAUGAUCUGAUCACAGGAGGACAGAUUCUGCCCAACGGAGACGGAACGUACCAGAUGAGGAAGAGUUUGGUGAUCAGUGAAGAAGAGCUACACGAGGAACAUAAAUACAACUGCACAAUGAAGCACCUCAUUCUGGACAACAAACUGGACUUUACAUUUGGUAAAAAAAUAAAAUAA